GAGGAAUGACGCCCCCCCUUUCUAUUUUUCAGUUUCCCUCAGUUUCGUGCAUCAAACAUGGCUGGCCGAGGUGGUUAUGAUGAUUCUAGUUUUAAUAACUACAAUGACGGGGGUUACAGAAGAAAGCCACUUCCAACUGAACCGCCAUAUACAGCAUACGUAGGAAAUCUUCCUGAUCGUGUUGUUCAACGUGACAUUGAUAGAAUUUUUGAAAAUUUACGAGUUAAAAAUGUCAGACUUGUCAAAGAUCGUGAAACCGAUAAAUUUAAAGGUUUCUGUUAUGUUGAAUUUGAUACAUUGUCAGAUUUAGAAUCUGCAUUGCGAAUGAAUGGAAAUGUCAAUGUUGAAGGAAUAAUGAUUAAAAUUGAUGUCGCUGAUGGCAAAAAAAAUGACAGAGGUGGUGGUUUUGACAGAAGAGGUGGUGGACGUGGUCCACAAAAUUCUGGAGGUGGUGGCUAUGGACAAGGUGGUUACAAUGACAGAAGGCCGCAGGGAGGUGGUGGCAGACAAGGCCCAGGUGGUUAUGGAAAUGAUAGAGGAGGUGACAUGAGAGGCAAUCGUGGUAAUUAUGGUAAUUUUGCUGGUGAUGAUGAUCGUAACAGUAGAGAUUAUGGUUCUCGUGGUGGACCACCAAGUGGACCAAGAUCAUACGGUGGUGGACAAGGUGGUCCUGGAGGUCCAGGUGGUCCUCGUCGUGGUGGACCAGGUGGAUAUGAUCGUAAAUCAUAUCAAGAUGAUCCGGCAUUCCCUAAAAUUCCAGAUACAACAGGUAGAGUACCUUUGAAAUUGGAAAAAAGAACUGUUGCUGUUCCAUUGAAUUCACUGGCUGAAUCAAGCCAAAGCAGUAGCAUUUAUGGUGGUGCUAAACCACGUGAAGAAAAAAUCAAAGUUGCUGAAAAUUAAAUUAACAAUAUCCACUUUUUAAGUGUAUUAAAUUUUCCUCGUAAUUAUAAAAGAAAAAAUUAAAUAAAAAGUGAAAAAAAAAAUAAUAAACAAAUGAAUGAAAAUAAAAAAAAAAAGAAAAAAUAAAAACAAACAUUAAUAAUUUUCUGGGGAUAAAAUUGAUAAAUAAAUAAAAAAAAAAAAAAAAAUUAUAAUCUUAUGAAGGAAAUAUCGUUGAUUAUAAAAUGAAAACUACAAAAAAAAAAAAAAAAAAUUAAAAGCAACGCAAGGUGCUUCACAAAAUUAUUAUUAUUUUAUUUUUUUCUUAAUUUUUAAAUUUUUUAUUAUUUAAAAAGAUAAAUUCUUUUUAAUAUUUACACUAAUGAAAAUAUUGAAAAAUUCCAAUUUAAAUUUAAAUAAAUAAAUUCGGGUGGAUAUUGUCUUCCCUGGAGUAAAAAAAAAAAAAAGUAAGUAAAAGAUUUGAAAAAGAAAAAAAAAAAAUUGUAACAAAGAGAAAAAUAUAUUCUUGAAAUAAUUAAUCUCGUAGUUUUCACAUACAAAUAAUAAUAAUAAAAAAAUGAUUUAUUUUUUUUUUUUUUAUUUUAUAUUUUAUCCUUACAUCAUUGUCAUCUUUGUACAAUUAAAU